AUGCGUGAGUGGCAUUCAAUUUGGUGACCGACGUACUUACUCGCAAGAGUGGCAGAGUGGCAAAGAAUCCCGCAACCUAACCUUGUUGGCUGCUCAAACACCUCUUGAAGAGACAACGAACUUUUCGCGUAUCAAUAUGGAAAGAUAAACCCAUUCCGAUACAGGCGGCACUUCAACUGACUAUAAAAGCAUUAAUUGCCUGAUCUCUUUAGCCACUCGUCGCUUGAAAGCACCAGCAUAAUGCGAUCAGCCGCCACAUUACUGUUCGUCCUUGGCUUGUGCCUACUCCAGCAGGCCCGGGCGCAGUGCAUCGACACCUUCGAACCGGGCUGCAAGCUAGCCAUUGAGGAGGGGCACGUGCAACGCCAUUGUGUGGAUCCCACAAAGUACUGGUAUUGCCCCACGCUGGGCGGCCAAGCCGUGCUACAACGUUGUCCUGCCAAUACGGGCUUCGAUCAAAACCGUAAUGUCUGCAUACCUUGGAUUGAUUGGGUCUGGGAGCCCUGCAUUGAACCGCCCAGUCGGCCCACAGGUGUGAAGCCGUGCGGCAACUGA